AUGAAAGAAGACCCACCGCCAGAUGCGAAGUGCCGCGACAAGUUCCUCGUGCAAUCUGUCCUCGUCACCGCCGACAAGGAGUUCACCAACGUUGGGUCUUUGUGGUCGCACAUCGAGCAGACCGCCAAGUCUUCCAUCCAAGAGAAGAAGAUCAGAGUCCUCUUCCUCGCACCCGACGAUGCCUCCAGCGCAACUCCUGCGAGAACCAACGGCGUUAGCCGCGAUUCGAUGCUUUCCUCUCCAUCACCCGAGGCCGUGACUCCUCAGCGCGGCGUGUCCGACGCUUCUGGCCCUGUCUCCGUUCCCUCGGAGCGCCCAUCAGGAAGCAAAGACUUGGGCGAAAUCAGGAACGAGACCUACAACCCCGCAUCGAGUGGUAAUAUGGGGUCGAGCUUCAGCUCUGCUGCUGGAACUGUCGCUAGUGCCAUGCCAUCUUCAAGCGAUGUGGAGGCUCAGCUUGCUGAAGCCAAGGCCCAGAUUGCGCGAUUGACACAGCAGGUCAGCGAGGCCACUGGUCUUCGCCAGCGAAAGACAGGAUCCGCCCAAGACUCGAAGCAAGGAGUCGCGACGUCCAUGGACACACGGCAAGCCCCCGCUGGCGGUGUGUCUGUCCAGAUCACAGCCCUUCUGUGCCUCAUCAGCUUCCUGAUUGCUUAUUUCCUCUUCUGA